GUAGACAUGAGGUGGGGCGUGACAGACGAAGCAGCUAAUGACCACACAACUAUGCAACUAUGUCUGGAGGAAAUCAGAAACUGUCAGCAAAUAUCUACUGGUCCCAAAUUUGUGAGUCUCCUUUCUCAUAAAUAUGGAACACGCCCUCUACCGUCGGAUAUCAUUUGCAACGAAUUUGAGACUAUUAUUGGAGCAGUCGACAGCGAAGAAGACAGGACGUUGAUGAAACAGUGGUAUAAACAGGACACCAACGCCGUCCCUCCAGUGUACAUUCUCCAGCCGAUAUCAUCCAUCAUCUCUAAUUUCGGUCACCAGGGCAACAGAAUGCUUGCCGAAAAGACCAAAUCCGAAUGGUGGCGUACCUAUGAAAGAUUACUUGAAAUUACAACAAAGGCAGUUUUGCUGAGUAUCAAAGACACCGUGAGGGCGCAUUCGCUUAUUAACUCAAUUACAGAAAAAGAGAUAGAAUUCGGUCUCCACCAAUCACAAGACGUUUCUUCAAGUUGUCUGUGGUUCAAGCGUGAAAUCCAAGGUCUUGCAGCCAAUGACAAGAACCCGUCUGCUAAAAACUUUGUGGAUCAAUUAGACAGCAAAG